UCUGCAGUAAACACUUCACAUCCCACACUGCACCGCGGGGUAGUGGCACUUUUAGUGUCUUUUCUGCAGCUUUUCUCCUGCACCUGCAAACAGAAACUCAUAAAAACAUUCGGACACCCUGUAGCACUUUUAAUCCGAGUUAUUCCUCCGCUUUAUCUCCUCAAAUCGUCUUUUUGUCCGGUUGCGGUGAAGGCAUUUUUAUUGGACUGUGAAAAUGGCGUAUCCGGGAUUCGGAGCAGCUCCAGGUGGAUUUCCAGGCGCGCAACAGGACCCUUUGUACGGAUACUUCGCCUCUGUUGCCGGGCAGGAUGGACAGAUCUCUUCAGACGAGCUCCAGCGCUGUCUCACCAGUUCAGGCAUCUCUGGCUCCUACAGCCCGUUCAGCCUGGAGACGUGCAGACUCAUGAUCAGCAUGUUGGACAGGGAUUAUUCAGGCUCGAUGGGCUUCAAUGAGUUUAAGGAGCUGUGGGGGGUUCUGAACCAGUGGAAGACCACGUUCAUGGGCUACGACCGAGACCGCAGCGGAACAGUGGAUCCACAAGAACUGCACCAGGCUCUGAGCAGCAUGGGCUACAAUCUGAGUUCUCAGGCUCUGAACUGCAUCCUGAAGCGCUACAGUCACCACGGACGUGUCGGCUUUGACGACUUUGUUGGCUGUUGUGUCAAAUUACGAGCUCUGACAGAUCAUUUCAGGAGGAGGGACACGUCUCAAAAUGGACAUGCCAACUUUGGCUAUGACGAUUUUAUCCAAGUCACAAUGAGCCUCUAAAGAAGAUGUGAAAUCACUUUUACUGUUUAUUUUAUAUUACCACUAUAUAAACAAUGUUGUCUUUACAUUAUUGUCAGAAGAAUCAAAAGUCAGAUACUAAUCCAUACUAAAACUGAGAGAUUUCACACAUAUAAGAACACAUGGGAAUAGAAAAGAAAUAAUGUAGAAAAUCACAGAGUGUUUUUUAUUCUCAUUGUGGUAUCAGAAUCGGUAUUGAGUAUCGAGUCUAUGUACAUUUUAGUAUCUUGACAACACUCCAUACUGUUAUGUCAUUGUCACAUUCCAUUUGAAAUUUGCUCUGUAACUUUUCUGGAAGAGGGGGGAAAAAAAGUUUCAGCAUUAAACAUAUCCACUGUAUCUUGCAUUUAUUCAGUUACAGGCUCAAAAAUACCUCGAUAAACAUGCAUUCUUACAAGUGAGCACUGUUGCCUCUCCACAGAUCUGACCUGUAGCUUGACCUAGAACUGUCAUCUAUUUGCAUCCUUAGAGAUAAAAGACAAGCAGGUGACAGACCCUCUGCUAGAAAAGUUCCAUAGUUCUUUUUUCUAGAGCACUGUUCAUCGUCACAUUCCAUUUUAGGGCAUUUGCACAAUUUUAUUUCCUAUCAGUGUGAACUAAACCAUUCCUGUGCCUGACUAACACUGCAGCUUGAACUAUUUUAGUGAAACAUAUUCAAAACUGUAACAAUAAAUACUGGAACAAUGUAA